UAUAAAGGUUUUGAACCAGUUAUACCGAUAUAAAUUCAACAGUGUUCAAUUUUCAUGAUGGUGAAAGCUAAAGUUUUUAUCUAUAAUAAAGAGUUCGAUGGUUUGCCAAAAGAAGGCGAUCUCAUAAUAAAGGAGGAAGAUUUGCCGCCGUUAAAAGAUGGAGAAUAUUUGGCAGAGGCUGUCUACCUCAGCGUGGACCCGUACAUGAGGGCCUACGCACCUUCAAUACCCUUGGGUUCGGUCUACAUAGGUUCCCAAAUUGCAAAGAUUUUAGAAAGCAAGAAUAGCGACUACCCAGUAGGCCGGUACGUGGUGGGGUACUUUGGAUGGCGAAGUCAUACGGUACAUGAUGGUAGAACACCGGAAGCACCUGCGAAUUUCCCAGCACCUUUUCUAAUACCCGAUUUGGGCGACGUUCCUCUGUCAUACUUCCUUAGUAUCCUCGGAAUGCCUGGGAAUACAGCCUAUUUCGGCUUUUUGGAAAUCUGUCAGCCGAAGAAAGGCGAAACUGUCGUCGUGUCAGGGGCUGCUGGAGCAGUAGGAAACAUCGUCGGUCAAAUUGCUAAAAUUAAAGGAUGUAAGGUCAUAGGGAUCGCGGGGUCGGAGGAGAAAGGGAAGUGGUUGGUGGAUGAACUGGGAUUCGAUCAUUUCAUAAACUACAAAACUGAUGAUCUAGAUGAAACUCUUUCUCAGGUUGCUCCGAAAGGAGUCGAUUGCUAUUUUGAUAACGUGGGUGGAGAGACAACUGCUACCGUCAUACAACACAUGAAUGAAUAUGGCAGAAUCUCUUUGUGUGGUUCCGUUUCCUCAUAUAACAAAAAAGAUCGAUCAGUACGAAUACCAUUGUUCCUCUUGGUAGCUAAGCAGAUAAAAGCGGAAGGCUUUCUAUUUUAUAGAUGGGUCGACAGGUCCUUGGAAGGAGUCCAACAAAACCUGAAGUGGUUGCAGGAAGGAAAACUGAAGUACAGAGAAACUGUAACUGAAGGAUUUGGGAAUACGUUCAAGGCGUUUGUGGAGAUGUUGGAGGGCAAAAAUGUUGGCAAAGCUGUUGUUAAAGUGUAGACAGGUGGUGUGAAAUAAAAUAUUUCCAAAAUA